GCGGGGUGCCGGACGGACAGCACCGCAGGACAGGGUGAUCGAGUGUCCACGGGCUGGCGGGAGCCUGGGGCAGUCACCCCGGGGCGGAGCAAGUGGAGUAUUAGUAACGGGGGGGCUGGGCCCUGCAGCCACCCCCGCCCCGCACCGUAAAAGGCUGGAUCGGGGCUGUGGACCCGACUCUCCGGCGGACCUGAGCGCCCACUUGGGUCGCGCGUCUCCUGCAGCGGCGGCCCCGGGGCCAUGGGCGCCGUCUGGUCCGCCCUGCUGGUCGGAGGGGGUCUGGCCGGGGCGCUUUUCGCGUGGCUGCUGCGGGACCAGGGAAAGGGGCGCUCAGGGAUGGAAAAGGAUGCCCCCCCUGGGGAGGCUAAGACGCCUGGAGGCUGUGACCAGGGUGAGUCGCCCCCACUAAGCCCAGGACGUUUCAAGAGAGAGCUGGACACCAAAGCAGACUAUUUUCAAAGAGGGAGUGAACAUUUGGGUUCAGAGCCCCAAGAAUCUGCUAAACUACAGGGUCCUUCUGAAGAAAUCUGUGAGAAUUCCAAAGAUCAUGUUCCCUUGGGAUGGUUCCCAGGUACCGUCUGGCUAGCUGGCUCAGAGACUGGUAACUCUAGGAGUUUCUUGGAUGUCUCAAGAAAUGGAAACCUGGACUCUCCUCUAGGAGAAUGGGGAUUCCUCAAAGGACAAGAUACAUCUGAUAAAGCAGCGCCAUGUUUUGUUGAGAAGUUGCCUAAUGUGCUCAUGGACAAAGCAGAAACUGCAGCAAGUUUGGCACGGCUGGACAGUCAGGAGCUGACUGACCAUGAGGACUGGGAAGUGGUGUCACGCCACUCAUCUUGGGGAGAGAUUGGCUUGGGUGGUAGUCUUGAGGCUUUUGUAUUAAGCCCUCCUGAGGGAAUGGAGUAUGGCAGAGACAUUCUUGUGGAAGUAAAAAAUCAAGCUGAGGAAGUGAAAACAGAAAAGGCAAUAGCUGCGUCUUCAGAGUCUCAGCUAGUUAGAAUCAGAUUCCAGACCCAUUAUAUCCCCAGCACUGAUGUGCAAGCCAUCGCAGUAACUGGAGACCAUGAGAGUCUCGGAAAAUGGAACACAUACAUCCCACUCCAAUAUAGGCAGGAAGGGCUCUGGUCUCAUUCUAUGUUGCUGCCAGCAGACACCGGGGUGGAGUGGAAGUUUGUGGUGGUAGAGAACGGGCAAAUUACCCGCUGGGAAGAAUGCAGCAAUCGGUUCUUGGAGACUGGCUCUAAGGAUAAAGUAGUUCACAAGUGGUGGGGUUUUCACUGAUUUGGUUUGAUUUGGCUUGCCACAUAUUAGAUGGGAACAGGAAGAAGAAAAACUAAGGCUGUG